AUGUCUGCCAACGGAAUCUUUUAUCGACCCCGCCCAGUGCCAACCGAGCAGAAUAUAACUCUUGUGGAUGCUGCCCAUGGUGGCCAAUCCAAGGAGGAUCCCACAGCAUGGAUCACUCAAGGCUAUGUGGCUUGGUUCCUCCUGAUGAACGCAGCUGAAAUCAAGUACUUGUGUAUGCUUGCAUACACUUUCUUUCAUGGAUGCAAGCUCUUUGGAUCAUUGAAAGAAGAACAUUCCAUUCCCUACAAGUUCGUCAGAAUGAUUUUCCAGUGCACUGGUGGCGGUUUGCUGGUUCCCAUCUUCAUCAAUGCUAUUCCCACUGUGAAGUCGACUCCCUUUUUGAAGGCUGCCAUGAUUGUCUUGUAUGAAGCUCAGCGAGCAUCAGUGGUUGUCAAAUUGACCUCAGCCGCUGCCAAAGCAAUCCCUGCCACGGAGUUUGCCUUUCCACUUUUCGGACCUAUUUUCUGUGGCGCGAUUGCAGGAUGUGGAGGAGGUUUCUUGCCUUUCACAAAGGGGUUGGGGCCUAUUGAGAAUGGCUUGGCUCCCAACAUGUUUUCUGCCUUGGUGGCUGCCACGGGCUACCAUUUGUUCAUGAACACUUCCCUGAGUGACGAUAUCCCUUACGCAGCAAAAAAAGCACAAGUCGUUAUUGGAUGCUACUUUAUUGUGUACAGCCUUGUCAAGGAACUUGAUCUGGUCAAGGUUUUCAAGGGCUCCUCCGAACCCAGUUCUGAGGAAUCAAAGUCCAAGAAGGAAUAG